AUGGCAGCAGUGGCGAGCCUAAAGCACGUUUUUGGUUACCGAACCGGAAUCUCUGGGUCUAUUGUGUUUGCUGAUGAUCGCAUCAUUGUUUAUCCAUGUGGAUCUAACUUGGUCUUGUACAAUGUCGAGCAAAAUGUACAAAAGUUUAUUGCAGGCUUAGAAAAGUCUGAAGGGAUGACAGCUCUUGCCAUCAGUCCAAAUAGAAGAUUUGUUGCUCUUGCUGAGAAAACUCCAGAUAAGCCAGUGGUAAUCGUAUAUGAUGUACACACUCUUCGCAAGAAGAAAACAUUGUACUUUCCCGAUGUCCAUUCAACCGAGUUUGUUAGCAUAGCAUUCUCUCCAGAUUCAAAAUACCUUGUUGUACAGAGUGGUGGUCCUGAUUGGAUUUUGACGUACUGGUCCUGGGAGAAUUCCAAACAACUCGCUAGUAUUAAGACAUCAACAUCUAAUACUGUCAAACAAGUUUCUUUUUGCCCUCAUGAUUGUGCGGUAGUAUGCGUCAUUGGCACAGAUGUCCUUCGUUUUUUUCGUUAUGGAGAUAACGUUCUUAAAACAUUUGGAUUAAAUAAGCUAGAACCUCAAAACUUUAAUUGUCACACUUGGAUCAGUGGUGAGAAAAUGGUCCUUGGAACAGAUGAUGGACGAUGGAUAUUGGUGGAAAAUGGUGAAUCAAAAUUAGAAUAUGACAUUUCCACAAUAAGUGAAAAACAUGAAUCAUCUGAGGAAAAGAAAGAUAAUCUACACAAUCCAAAUAGUAUCGUCGCAAUUGUAUCAACAUCAAAAGGUUUAGCUGUCGGUUGUUCGUCCGGUUAUGUUUAUUGGUUUGAAAAUAUGGCUGCUGAUCAUUCUCGUCAAUCGCAUCAACAAGAUCAACGUGGUAAACAUGAGAAAUCAUCAACAACCGAUCAAAAAACCACGACCACCACGACCACCACCACCUCCUCAUCAUCAAAGCAUGAUUUUCAAUUCUUAGGCAGUAUACGCUUACCACAUGAUUCUACAAUGAGUAAAGAUUCUGAUGCCAAUAGUCAACAAACGAUUACACAACUACAAGUUAAUCCGUCGGAAGAUUUACUUGUCGCCGCGACAAACACUCAUCAAUUGUAUCAAUUUAAUUUAAACAAUAUUGAUACAAGUGCAAAAACUACUACUACGAAUAAAUUACAAGAAUCAAAGACAACACAUGAAACAAUGACAUUUAACAUGUUAUCACAAUCAUUUCAUUAUGGACAAAUAUUAAAUAUGGAUGUCUGUAUACGUAAACCAUUGAUUGUUACUUGUGCAACAGAUAAAACUGUCAGAAUAUGGAAUUUUGAAACAAAUGAUUUAGAAUUAACAAAAAGUUUUGUUGAAGAAGUAUACAGUGUAGCACUACAUCCAACUGGUUUAUUCCUUUUAGUUGGAUUUAGUGAUAAAUUACGUUUAAUGAAUAUUUUACUCGAUGAUUUAAGAAUAUUUCGUGAAUUUACAAUACGUGGUUGUCGUGAAUGUUCAUUCAGUAAUGGUGGCCAUCUGAUUGCUGCUGUCAAUGGAAAUGUCAUACAAAUUUUCUCAAUUACAUCAUUUGAAAAUCUGAUCAAUUUGAAAGGACAUAAUGGUAAAAUUCGUUCAAUGAGUUGGUCAGAUGAUGAUCACAAGUUGAUUUCAUGUGGUCUAGAUGGUGCUGUCUAUGAAUGGGAUACACAAAAAGGAAUACGAAUUAAUGAAAGUGUAUUAAAAACUUGUAAUUAUACAAGUGCAACUGUUUCGUCCGAUGCUAAAACUGUUUAUGCUGUUGGUUCAGAUAAGACAUUGAAGGAAAUAAGUGAAUCACAAAUUAAUAUUGAAAUACAAUCUACGGAUCAUUUAUUAUUUACAACAGUUGCUGUUUCACGUACUGGUCGUAUGUUAUUUUGUGGUUGUCAAAAUGGCUUGAUUCGAUCAUUUCAAAUGCCGUUGAAAAAUGAUAGUACAUGGCAAGAUUAUGUUGGUCAUUGUGAUUAUAUUACAAAAAUGAAAAUGUCAACAUUUGAUGAAUAUUUAGUGACUGUUUCUAAUGAUUGUUCAGUGAUGGUAUGGCGAAUACAAGAACGUGAAGCACGUCCAACUAGAACAGAUAAAGAUGAUAUGUGGAUGGAAGAAAUGUUAAUUACAAAGUCAGAUUUACAAGAGAAAAUUUCUGUGAUGAAUGAAUUACGUACACGUGUUGAAGAAUUAAAAUUAGAAAAUGAAUAUCAACUACGUUUAAAAGAUAUGAAUUAUAAUGAACGUAUUAAAGAAUUAACCGAGAAAUUCAUUCAAGAAAUGGAAACAUUAAAAACUAAAAAUCAAUUGUUAAAAAAUGAAAAAGAACAAAACUUGUUGAAUCAUCAUAAUCGUAUUGAAGAACUCAUUGAAAAACAUUCACAAGAAUUACAAACCCUAGAAUAUUUAUCAAAUCAAAAGCUAUUAAAUGAAUAUAAUAAAUAUCAUGAUUUAGAAGAAUUAAAACAAACUAAAGAAAAUGAAUAUGAAGAGAAAUUAAUGAAUUUAGAAUUAAAAAAUGAACAAUUACUACGUGAAACAAUUGAAUCAUAUGAAUUGAAAUUAAAUGAUCAAUUAUUGAAAAUUGAACAGUUGUCGAAUGAAUUAAAACAACAAACUAAUCAUUAUGAAAUAUCGAAACGUUUAGUUGAAGAAGAUGCAGAUCGUGAAAUAUUAGAAAUUAAAAUUAAUUAUGAAAAACAAUUACAUCAUGAACAUGAUGCCAAUGUCCGGUUGAAAACUGAGUCGAAUGUGUUGAAAAAGAAAUUUACAAGUUUUCAAAAUGAAAUUAAUGAUAAUAAAAAUGAAAUACGUAAAUAUUCAAUUGAAACACAAAAGUUGAAUACAAUUAUUAAUAAUUUAGAAAAAGAUAUACAAAGUUUACGUAAAGAAAUACAAGAACGUGAUGAUACUAUACAAGAUAAGGAUAAAGGAAUUUUUGAAUUAAAGAAAAAAAAUCAAGAAUUAGAAAAAUUCCGUUAUGUUUUAGAUUAUAAAGUGAAAGAUUUGAAAAAACAAAUUGAACCAAAAGAAAUUGACAUUAGAAAUUAUAAAGAACAAAUACAAGAAAUGGAAGCUGAAUUACAACGUUUUCAAAAACAAAAUGAUCAACUUGAAAUUAAUAUCACGGAAUUAAAACAAAAAUAUAAAUCAGUCGAAAAUGAAUUGAAACUUGAACGUCAAUCGACAAGAGAUGUUGAAUCGAUAGUUCGUCGAUUAAAAACCGAUUUAUUCAAUGUUGUCGGAAUGAUUCAAGAACCGAAACAAUUAAAAGCCGGUAUAUUAGCGUUAUAUAAAAAACAUAUUCAUGAAGAUAUGACAGUAGACGCUACAGCCGAUGCUGAUAUUCAAAAAGAAUUUUGCCGACAACGUGAACAUCUUGAACGAUCAAUUAUUGGAUUAAGACAUAAGUUGGCACGUGACACGGAAGUGCAUCGAACAGAUUAUGUUCGUAUUAUGCAAGAAAAUGUCACACUAAUUCAAGAAAUUGAUAAUCUACGCGCUGAACUCAAAUUAUCCCGUAGUCAUAUACAUGAUUUAGAAGCUGUCCUCGGUUUAAAUCGUAAAGAUGGCGAGAAAGCUCGUCAACUAUUACUACAAUUAAACAAAUCCCGACCGAAUCCAAUCCUUGAAUCAGAUUAUGAACAAAUGAAACGUUCAUUAAUUGCACAACAAUUAUUUAUUAAUAAUUUACAAAUGAAAUUAAAUCAAUCUCUUCAAGGUUUCAAUAAUAGUAAUAAUAAUAACAAUAUCAACGACAAUAAUACUACUGAUAUUAAUAAUAAUAGUAGUAUUAUAAAUCCACCGAAUGAUUUAUUGAAAGAUUUUCAAUCGGCAAUUUAUUCAUCAUCAUCACCACAACAACCACAACAAAUUAAAGUAUCAUCAUCAGCAGCAGUGUCGAUACCGGCGCCAUUGUCCUCACAAUCAACAUCAUCCUCGUCAUCCUCGUCGUCAUCAUUAUCAGCGAAAGUGAUUACUACUACUGCUGCUGCUACUGUUACUAGUUCGGCAACAGAAGUUGCACAAAUCACACCCAACUCCAGUUCAAAUAAUUUACCGCCAAUUAGUAAUGAAACAACCGAUGAGAAAUCAUUUACAUCAUCAAUGUAA